AAUCGAACCAGAGGUCGGAGAUAAAAAAAAAGUCACGGUCUUUUUUCUCUCUCGCUCUCUCGAGAUCUCAAACAAUUUUGAUCGUUUUCUUCCGCCGUGACCCGCCGGAACACGUCGCCGUCGGCGAGAAUAGAAAGGAUUGAGAUUGCAUGGAUCAGAUUCUGAACAAGGCGGGGUCCUACUGGUUCAGCCAGAAGGCCACCAAGGAGAUCUCCUCCGUCGGCGAUGACAUCAACUCAUUGCAAUCCAGUAUUUCAGGAGGAGCCAGUUGGUUGGUUAAUAAGGUCAAAGGAAGCAUGCAAAAGCCAUUGCCUGAGCUUCUUAAGGAGUAUGACCUCGCAGUAGGAAUCUUUCCUCGGGAUGCUACAAACUAUGAAUUCAAUCAGGAGACGGGAAAACUUACCGUCUACAUACCCUCAGUCUGUGAAGUGGGCUAUAGGGAUUCGUCUGUUUUGCGGUUUUUCACGACUGUGACUGGAUACUUGAAGAAAGGAAAGCUAGAAGACAUUCAGGGGAUCAAGACAAAGGUGACCUUACUUUGGGUAAAAGUGACCUCUAUCUCGUCUGGGGGAUCGAAGCUUAAUUUCCAGGCUGGGAUGAACAGAAGCAGGAGUAGAGAGGCUUAUGAGGUUUCUAGAGACGGAAUAACCGUAGACAAGUUUUAAAAGGUCUAAAUGCUCAUCAGGUGCUGUUGUGUAAUUGUAGUGUUUAGAGCUGCAGCUUGCUUGUCCUCCAUGAAAACUUGUUGAAUGAAUGAUUAUGUGUUUCUUCUGGA